AUGAGUGACAGGAGACGGGUCAAUGGCCCUGCUGGGACCACGUUACCCCCGGUCUUUGAUGAUGCGGUUUUCGAGAAGCUCGAUACACGGAACGGCAGGUCGCGCCCUCCGAAUGCGACCAGGAAAUUGUUUCUCAAGACUGGUGUCACCCCUUCAGCUUCCGGAUCUGCCUAUUUGGAAAUUGAGAGUUCCGCAAAGCCAGGUGUCUCUGGCCUGAAGCUUAGCUGUUCUGUCCACGGACCACGGUCGCUGCCAAGAUCCGCCCCCUUCUCACCUCACAUCGUCUUGUCCACCCAUGUCAAGUACGCACCAUUUGCAACGAAGCAAAGGCGUGGCUACCUUCGCGAUCCUAGCGAGCGGGACCUCGGAAUUCACCUUGAGGCUGCUCUCCGUGGAGCCAUCAUCGCCGACCGAUGGCCCAAGAGCGGCGUCGACAUCAUCAUCUCCAUCAUUGAGGGAGACCAAGACCGGGAGACGUCCAAGUUGCAGGGUGAUGAGGUUUGGGACAUGAUGAAUGCGCUGAGUGGGUGCAUCACCGUGGCGGCGGCCGCGCUUGCCGAUGCUGGUAUCGACUGUGUCGACACUGUGGCAGGAGGUGUCGCUGCGCUUGUUCAAGACGCCGGCGAUGGCUCCACGCCGAGCAUCGUCGUCGACCCCAUCCCUUCCGAGCACGAACAAAUCCUGGCCGCCUGCUGCGUCGCAUACCUGCCUACUCGAGAUGAGGUGACAAACUUAUGGUUCAGGGGUGAUCUGCCGGCGUCCGACUUGGAGCUCUACACAAGCAUUGUAGAGCACGGGAUACAAGCCUCGAAGAACGCUAACCGGGUCCUUAUUGACUGUCUCAGCGGGACUGUUGGAUGA